GCUCUGGGGGAGUCGGGAGAGUGUUGUUACUGGCAGCUGAUUGCUACGAAGUACGCAAAAACGAGAGCGAAACGUCGCGCCUUUUAAACUCGCGUCUGUCGCGUUUGUAGCGACUGUAGCUCUCAGAUUAACUGCAGCUGAACGCUAAUUUAAUUCGCUAUGUCGUACUGCACGCGAGUUUUUCGUGCACAGAAACUGUCCACUUUAGCGGCGGAUGUACAGCAACGAUGCUUCAGUGCAAGUCCUUUGAGUUUCGCUGCUGCAAAAGUGGCAAUGUCCAAAUUUGACUCCACCAGCUACCUGCCCUAUGACAAACUGCAAGAAAAUCUUAAAAUAGUCAAGAAGAGAUUGAAUCGGCCGCUAACUCUGUCUGAAAAAGUUUUAUAUUCCCACCUGGAUGAGCCUGACAAACAAGAUAUUGUCCGCGGCACCAGCUACCUUCGAUUGCGACCGGAUCGUGUCGCCAUGCAGGACGCGACUGCUCAAAUGGCGAUGUUGCAAUUUAUUAGUUCUGGUCUACCGAAAGUCGCAGUACCUUCCACCAUACACUGCGAUCACUUAAUCGAGGCUCAGAUCGGCGGUAAUGAAGAUCUGCAACGAGCCAAGGACAUCAACAAAGAAGUCUAUAACUUCCUGAAGACUGCGGGUGCUAAAUAUGGCGUUGGCUUCUGGAAUCCUGGCUCUGGCAUUAUCCAUCAGAUUAUCCUUGAGAAUUAUGCCUUCCCCGGUCUAUUGAUGAUCGGUACCGAUUCACACACGCCGAACGGAGGUGGUCUAGGUUGUUUGUGUAUCGGUGUUGGCGGUGCCGAUGCUGUCGAUGUAAUGGCGAACAUCCCAUGGGAGCUCAAGUGUCCCAAGGUCAUUGGCGUAAAACUCACGGGCGAACUCAAAGGCUGGACCAGUCCCAAGGAUGUUAUUCUAAAAGUAGCCGGUAUCCUUACCGUCAAAGGUGGUACCGGCGCCAUUGUAGAGUACUUUGGACCAGGUGUUGAUAGUAUCAGUUGCACUGGAAUGGCCACCAUUUGCAAUAUGGGUGCCGAAAUUGGUGCGACUACCUCGAUUUUCCCAUACAACUAUAGAAUGCAAGAUUAUCUGAAGGCAACCGGACGUUCAGAGAUUGCUGGAGCUGCUGAUCAACAUAAGAGUCUGUUAACGGCCGACUCUAAUGCUAAAUAUGAUCAGAUUAUCGAGCUAGAUUUGUCGACUCUCGAGCCGCACGUGAAUGGACCUUUCACGCCGGACUUAGCUCACCCGAUCUCUAAAUUGGGCGAAGUUGCUAAGAAGAAUAGUUGGCCAAAUGAGAUUAAAGUCGGUCUGAUCGGUUCCUGCACUAAUAGCUCUUACGAGGACAUGGGUCGAUGCGCAAACAUCGCUAAGCAAGCUCUGAAACACGGCUUGAAAGCAAAAUCUGCAUUUAACGUCACUCCUGGAUCCGAGCAAAUUCGCGCGACAAUCGAGCGCGAUGGUAUUGCGCAAACGCUUCGUGAAUUCGGUGGUACAGUGUUAGCUAAUGCCUGCGGACCCUGCAUUGGUCAAUGGAAUCGCCAGGAUAUUAAGAAGGGAGACAAAAAUACGAUUGUUACAUCAUACAAUCGAAACUUCACGGGUAGGAAUGAUGCUAAUCCAGCGACGCACGCGUUUGUAACAAGUCCCGAGCUUGUUACCGCUCUUUCCAUCGCUGGUAAACUUGAUUUCAAUCCGGUGAAAGAUAGAUUAAAGGGCAAGGAUGGAAAGGAAUUUCUCCUGGACAAUCCAUAUGGUGACGAAUUACCCAAUCGUGGUUUUGACCCCGGUCUGGACACUUACGACGAACCACCAAGAGAUGGUAGCAAAGUUAAGGUCGAUGUAGAUCCCAAAAGCCAAAGAUUACAGUUGCUGGAACCCUUUGAUAAAUGGGAUGGCAAUGAUCUAGAGGAUCUGACGAUCCUGAUUAAAGUAAAAGGCAAGUGCACCACGGAUCACAUCUCCGCGGCUGGGCCGUGGCUUAAGUAUCGUGGACAUCUUGAUAAUAUUUCCAACAAUAUGUUCCUUGGUGCUGUUAAUUCUGAAAAUGGCGAGAUGAAUAAGAUCAAGAAUCAAUUGACAAAUGAAUGGGGUGCCGUGCCUGACGUUGCACGAGAUUACAAGAAGAAUGAUGUAAAAUGGGUUGCGGUGGGUGACGAGAAUUAUGGUGAAGGUUCCUCCAGGGAGCACGCUGCCCUGGAACCACGCCAUCUUGGCGGUCGUGCCAUCAUCGUGAAGGGUUUUGCACGUAUACAUGAGACAAAUUUGAAGAAGCAAGGUCUCUUGCCUUUGACCUUCUCCAACCCUGCGGAUUACGACAAAAUUCAGCCUAGCGACAAGAUCAGUCUUCUCGGGUUGAAUAAUCUUACACCUGGCAAGCCGGUCCAAGCACAAAUCAAACACAAAGACGGCAAGGUAGACACCAUCAGUCUGAACCACACAAUGAAUGAGCAGCAGAUCGGUUGGUUCAAAGCCGGUUCUGCUUUGAAUCGCAUGAAGGAAAUAUCGAGUGGUGAACGAUAAACUAACCGCUGAGUGGAUAUCUAUUCAAAGAGUCAUUAUAUGCGGAAAUGGAAGAGAAAAA